AGCUGAAGGAGGAGGACUGAUGACCAGGAAUGACUGCUGGAAGAUCUGCGUCUCUCUGCUGGAGUUUACUGUCUGCCUGCAUCCUGCUGGUCUCUGCAGAUCAGAAAAACCUCACAGCUGAGCCUGGACAGAACGUCACUCUGCCAUGUCGAGGUCCAAACAACAAGACCUGUGUGGUCGAGUGGAUCAGAACUGACCUCGGGAAAGAAUACGUCUUUUUCUACCGAGAGAGGAGAAUCGUUACAGACCGACAGCAUCCAUCUUUUGUGAACCGGGUGGAUCUGCAGGACAGACGGCUGAAAGAUGGAGAAGUGUCUGUGGUUCUACAGAACGUGACGAUUAACGACACAGGAAGAUAUGAAUGUCGUGUUGUCCUGUGUCGUUCUCUGCAGAACAGUUAUAUUAAAGGUAACCCCAUCGGUGUGGUCUACCUGACAGUUGAUCCUCCAGGUCAAGCAGUGGAAAGGAGCAACGCUGGCAAGAAUGAGGAGGUUGGAUCUGCUGGGCUGAUCAUUGGUCUGUCAGUUUCUGCUCUGCUUCUUGUAGCAGCUGUUGGGUUUUUGAUGUACAGAUGCAACAAUCAACAGAGUCGUGAUUCGUACCAGCCUCCAGUUGAAAUGCAGCCGGUCUGAAACGUGUCUGAGUGGUUUUUCCAGCUGAACUCAGAGUCUCCCGCUGCUGCUCUGAGUCAUCACUGUUGUCAUUCAACACAUUCAGCAGCUGUCAUUCCCAGAUUAGGAACAUUCCCAGAAAUGGAAACAUUACAAUGAAUGUCAAACUCACACCAGAAAAGAAGGAGUUUAUUCAGAAACUCACAUUUGAGAAAAAUGUGGAAUCAUUCAGCUUAAUAAGAUGUUUAAAAAUAUUAAAUUAGCAUUAUUUAUCCUGAGUUCAAACCUGAGCAGGACAUGA